AUGUCCCUCGUCCAAGGCUACUCUUCCGACGAGGACGACGGUCCUCUGUCGCCGACCACCGAUGCUUUUGGUCUCUCAUCUCUCCCCGCGUCCAAGAAGAGGUAUUUAUUCAACAUUGCGGACCGCACGCGACAGGCGGCUAACAAGCAGUUCUUUCAGGACCCACUGCAACAAUCUUCCCUUAUUACGCGACCUACGGACACGCAGAUGAAUGUGAACAUUUCGUAUGACGACAUGAUGCUGCCCGUUCAAGGCCCGGAGAACCCUUUCGGAGACCGGAAUCGGUUCAUGAACCAAAACGCGCUCGCGGGACACGUAGAGGAGCAGGCCAUGACGGAACACGCGUUCCGCCAACAACACCUCACGCACGCUAUCCUCGGCUACUCCGCCAACCCUUCGGUGGACCCCAACGCGCCCGCUAUUCUCGGUUCGCUGGACAAGGCGCAGGAGCACGGCUUCCAAACAAUAGGCUCCGUGAAAGUGCCUAAAAACACGAAGAAUGAACUGAAGAGGAAACGGAAGGCGAAAGGGGAUUUGGAGAUUGUGGAUGGCGAGGGUGCGUACGAGGGACCUUGGGCGACUUGGCAGGGAGACGAGCCGACAGCGGAGGUCGAAGAGGCCAUGGACGAGCCGGAGCCGGAGUCAGAGGAGGAACCAGAGCAGGAGUUCCAGCCCAGGAAAGCGAAGCCGAAACGGGGCGCACCGGGGCUCGAGUCCUCCGUGUUCCAUGGCAAGUCGAUGCACGACUACCAAGGACGGACGUACAUGCACCCACCAUUAUCGGAGGCGCCGCAACUACAGCACGAGCCAGGGUCGCAAGAAUGCUUCAUCCCGAAGGUUUGUAUUCACACCUGGACGGGACACACGCAAGGUGUUUCCGUGCUCCGGACUUUCCCCAACACCGGCCAUCUGCUUCUGAGCGGUUCUAUGGACACAAAAAUCAAGCUAUGGGAUAUCUAUACCCACGGAAACUGUUUACGCACCUUCCAUGGUCACAUGAAGGCUGUCAAGGAUGUCACAUUCUCGAACGAUGGUCGGAGAUUCUUGUCUUGCGGGUAUGACCGUCAGAUGAAGCUUUGGGAUACGGAGACUGGGCAGUGCAUCAAGCGCUUCAGCAACGGCAAGAUCCCGUAUGUUGUACGAUUCCACCCGGAUGAAGAUAAGCAGAACAUCUUCCUGGCGGGUAUGUCCGACAAGAAAAUUAUUCAGUACGACAUGAACUCUGGAGAAAUCACGCAAGAAUACGACCAGCAUCUCGGUCCUGUGAACACGAUCACCUUCGUAGACGAGAACAGACGGUUCGUCACGACAUCGGAUGACAAGACCAUUCGAGCUUGGGACUUCGACAUCCCGUCGUCAUCAAGUACAUCGCCGAGCCGCACAUGCACUCGAUGCCCGCUGUCACACUGCACCCGAGCACUUGGCGGUCCGUUGACGUCGACAGAGAAGUACUUCGCUGCACAGAGUCUCGACAACCAGAUCCUCGUGUACAGCACGGACAACUUCCGGCAGGCACGGAACAAGCGGUUUGCCGGCCACUCCGUCGCUGGCUACGCCUGUCAAGUGGGCUUCUCUCCGGACGGCAAAUGGAUCAGCAGCGGCGAUGGCGAAGGUAACGUCGUCUUUUGGGAGUGGAAAACGGGCCGCAUAAAGUCCCGCCUGCGCGCACACAACAAGGUGGUCAUCGCGCAUGAGUGGCUCCCACACGAAACGUCCAAGGUUGUGACGGGUUCGUGGGACGGGUUGAUCAAGCUCUGGGACUGA